AUUCACGCGUUUCCUAGGAAGUGGACGUUUACACACGCCUUGCUGUCGGUUGUAGAGUGCAUCUUAACACAAUGGAAGUCAAUAGAAAAGACAACAGCUUCCUCAUAACCGGCGGAGGAGGCUAUUUUGGAUUCCGUAGGUCUUCUGCAGUGUGUGAUGAUUGGGAUGCAGAUCAACAGAUGAUUCAGCUGAAAAAUCCACCUUCUGACACCAAAUGAUCAACUACAAUUCAAGUUAUUAUUUGUUACUCUUACAACUGGGGCUGACGACAAGACUUUUGUCAGCCUCGCCUGCGCUCUCCUCAAAACCUCCUCCAAAGUUGUCCUGUUUGACGUGAGUCCCCCAAUCCAAGAUCUCCCCGAGGGUCUGAUAUUCAUGCGAGCAGAUAUCCGGGAUUACGCACAGGUAGAAAAAGCGGUUCGCGGCUCUCACUGCGUGUUCCACAUCGCCUCCUAUGGGAUGUCAGGACGGGAACAGCUCAAUCGCAAACUCAUCGAAGAAGUGAACGUAAAGGGUACAGAGAACAUCCUGCGGGCCUGCGUGGCACACAGCGUCCCACGACUGAUCUACACGAGCACAUUUAACGUAGUAUUCGGAGGUCAGGAGAUUAAGAACGGAGAUGAAAGCCUCCCUUAUUUGCCUUUGCACCUGCAUCCCGAUCACUACUCCAGAACUAAGUCCAUUGCAGAAAUGCAGGUAUUAAAAGCCAACAAUUUGGCGCUAAGUAACAGCACAGGUGUCCUCAGAACUUGUGCACUGCGUCCUGCUGGAAUAUAUGGGCCUGGAGAGCAAAGACACCUUCCUAGGAUUGUUAGUUAUAUUGAGAACGGGAUUUUCAGAUUUGUGUACGGCGAUCCUGAUAGUCUUGUGGAGUUUGUUCAUGUUGAUAAUCUAGUCUCCGCGCAUCUGUUAGCUGCUGAUGCGUUAACCGAAAAACAACAGUGCCGUGCUGCCGGACAGGCUUAUUUUAUUUCUGACGGAAGGCCUGUGAAUAAUUUUGAGUUUUUCAGACCUUUGGUGGAGGGUUUGGGAUAUUCGUUCCCCACUCUCCGACUGCCUAUAUCAAUGAUAUACUUCUUUGCGUUCCUAACGGAGAUGGUUCAUUUCGUGGUGGGUCGGAUUUAUAACUUCCAGCCGCUGCUGACCCGUACAGAGGUCUACAAGACUGGCGUCACGCACUAUUUCAGUAUGCGUAAGGCUCGGGAGGAGCUGGGAUACGAGCCUAAACUGUAUGACCUGGAAGAUGUUGUGCAAUGGUUUCAAGCCAGAGGUCACGGGAAAAAGCGCAGCCGGUCGUCAAUUAGGAAACUAAUUUUAGAUGUUUUCGUGGUGGUUGCAUUCGUAGCUGUGCUUCUCUCCUGCCUUCCGGUUGUGGGACAGUAAAAUGCAUGGUUUUAGUGCUGUGAGGUUUAUACUUACCAGAUUUGUUAGUUUUAAAAACAUUUAUGUUUAUAUGAGGGAUUUUAUAUUUCAAAUAAGCUGGGAAAAUAUGCUUUAAUAUGCUUCUUAAAUAACAGCAUCAUGUCUUGUUGUUUUCUGCUAAUUUUAUUAUUUGGUUAUUGUGCAAAAACACAAUAUAUGUGAUGCCUGACUGGUAAAUCAACUUUAUUUGCUAUAUAUGUGAUGUAAAUGAAUUAGUUCUGUCAAUCAAUUAAAAAAAAACUAAUUAAUCACACUAUUUCUUUAAAUUUAAUCGCGAUUAAUCACAUUUAAAAGACUGAAACUUGUAAUUUUGGCUGUUCAAAUGUCAAAUUAAUUUAAACGCAAGACAAAAACUAUUUAAAUUCAAAAUAUAAUUGUUUAUUAGAAUUUUUGUUUAACUUGUAACACAGAUUUCUUCAUGUAAACAACAAACCCACAAUAAACCAUCAAGAUCCUUGCC